AUGUCUCAGUACGCCGCGGAGCUCUGUACGCUCCUAGUCGAGGACAAUUUUGGAGAACUCUGUGCCCGCAUCUUCUCAACCUUGCAACGGCAUGAGCGACUCUCCUUCCCUCGUCUCAAAUUCCACUCCGGUCUCACCGAUCGUCAACUUCGUCAUGGUCUCGUUGCUAUGAUUCAACAACACCUCAUUUACCACUUCACUUCUUUCCAAGAUGGAAUUACCUACUACGAAGCAAAUCCUCAAGCGGCGUACUACCUCGUUCGCUCCGGCAAGAUUCUCCAAUUAGUUGAAGAUCGGCUCGGAGAGUAUGCUGCCCGAGUGAUGGAGUUUAUUAUUUACCUUGGACACACCUCAGUGAGGCAGCUUGAGAGUCUUCCUGAACUGAAGACCAUUGAGGGGGAGGAACCCGAAUUACCAAAUGGAGUCACACACGAGGGUGAUGAUGAAAAUCUGGAGGGGGCGGAAGAAGAAGGAAGAGAAGUCCGGCAGACGAAUGGUGCUGAGAACGAAGAUCAUUAUCUGCAGACCAAUGGCGAUCAUAUCCCCGAAGCAAAGCCGGCUCCUUUCCAUGCUACACUCAAAGCUCUUGCUUCUCAUGGAUACAUCCUUGAGGUCAAAGAGGCCCAUUUUCAGAGCCCCGACGAUAGGCUACUCGAUGCUAAACGAGAAGUCUCUGGAAAAUCGGAUAUCAAAACUUUGAAGGGGAAGAAGCAGGAGGAGUCGAUUAACGUCGAAGCACAAAAGCUUGUCAGCAAACGAACCAAGUCUGAUCUUUCAGAGAAGUACUUGGUCAAUGGUCUUCCCCGGGGGGCAAAAAGGAAAUUUGGUAGCGCGCAUGGUCCGAAGGAUGACUCGCAUGCAAGCCACAAUAGGAUUAUCGGCGACCAUGCCGAUGAUAAGGACAACGAGUGGUCUGACGACGAGGAUGGCUUUGACAACAUCCCUAUGGAUGCUAGGUUGAUAGUUCGAGUGAACUACAGCAAACUAGACGUGGCUCUCCGGAAUGUCCGAUUCCUCCAGCUUGCCGAACAGGAUGCGCCACCAGCAACCGCGGAGGUCUACGAAACCUUCCUCCGACGUACUGAAUACACCACAACCCACUGUCGCGAUAGCGUCGAGAUCCCUCGUGAGGGGGAGGAAAACCCGCUUUACUCCAAUCCUGUUGAAGUCAUGAAAAUUGUGCAAGAUUUGGACCCCGAGCUAGAUCUCUCGGGAGCUUUCGGUCCAGUAAGCCCGCCAAAAUCUGUCAACCAUCGCGGGAAACGUCCACUCGAGAACGGUAUCAACGGCGACGCCGAUGACGAAUCCGAUGACGAAGGUGAUUCAAAUUCACAAUUCAAGCGUAUGAAUCAGGUCAAUCAGCAUUUGAGCCUGCUCUCACAAGCUCCUCACAAGCUCAUCACCCCGUCCAGAAACGAUGGUGUGAAAUGGGUUGUUGAUUUUAGGUCUCUGGCUUGCAAGCUUCGUCACCUGGAACUAGAAAGAAUGAUCGAGUCCCGCUACGGUGAUGUUGCGCUUCGUGUUGUUCGUGUUCUCCAUGCAAAGGGCAAGCUGGACGAAAAAAGACUUGGGGAGAUAAGUUUAUUGCCAAUCAAGGACUUGCGUCAGACACUCGCUUCGAUGCAAAAGGGCGGCUUUGUGGACUUGCAAGAAGUUCCCAAAGACUCGCAGCGGCAACCAUCCAAGACUAUCUAUCUCUGGUACUAUGAUCCCGAUCGUGUUUGCAGCAGUAUCCUGGAAGAUACGUACAGGGCCAUGUCGAGAACCUUGCAGCGGAUCAAGUUUGAGCGCGAAAAGAGGAAGGAUUUCCUUGAGAAGACCGAGCGCAGUGAUGUUAAGGGCAAUGAGGAGCACUAUCUGACGGAGCAAGAGCUGGCCCUCCUGCAGCGGUGGAAGGAUAUCGAGGCCCUUUUGCUUACAGAGGUCUCUCGCCUCGAUGACAUGGUGGCCGUUUUUCGAGAUUACUGA